GCUUGAAUUUCCGUAACUACUUUGAAUAAUAUUAAUUUUUCCUCACAACGUACCAGUUCCGAUUGAUUUGUACGGUAAAUAGGGAAUUUUUAAAAACGUAAUUCCGUCAAAUGUCAAUGAAUCGGUAAAAUUCGAUAAAAAAUUUCAGCAUGUGCUUUGAAUAAUUCUGUGACAGGUCGGGGGUAGUUUAAUUAAUCGAUUCCGUCUGGCUUUCGAACCGGAGAUGAUGUGGAAUUUUUACUAGACACACUUGUCGUUUUUUCAUCUGUACUAUUAAAUUACUUGUGGAAGUAUGGAAUGAGCUGAGUCAGAAGCUGAUCAUCGUCUGUUUCUACUAGGCUCGUCGAUUCCUGGAGGUUCCCUCAUCCCUAAUGCCCUUGAUUCCUAAAAAUCAAGACGACAUCAAUCCCCAGCUGUUCUUCCUCAUCCCACAAAAAUCAAUCGUCGAAUUUUUCUAAAUUCCCAAGAUUAAGACUACCCGCUGCGUCAAGAGUGCCUGUUCUCCCGAAUCACGUGAAAAAGCCAAACUGUGGUCAGACAAUUUGUAAAUCGUGUCACCUCUAAUACAGACUGAAGACUUCUUGACAGAGGAAUAAAUUCUCUCACUAGAUUGAUACUCUCCCCAAUCCCCAAACUAUUUAAAUUCCACUCCCCGUGCAUUGAACAAAAAAUUAAUCCGAAAAUUUACCGUUCAUCGCAGACAGCGAGGUGCAACUGGAUUGAAAAUAAAUGGAAUGGAUUGUGGGUCAUUUAAAUUGAUGAAAAAAGUGUUGUCUGGGGAGAAAUCGAAAAGAGGGAGAGACAGCAGAAGAGUUGAAUCGAGAGGAGGGCUUUCGGGGAUGCGCGUGAGGACCAACAAGGGACUAUAAGAGGGCGACGAGCGUCGCGACGCAUCAUUCGUCCCCCAGAAGUGAUCAGAACCGAUAAUUCGAUUCAUCCCCCUUUGAUUAGUUAGUGAGAAAAUAAGAAUAUGACCAGUUACCUGUGUCUUAUGGUGGUUGUUUGCACCCUGGGGUGCGCAAACUCCAAGAUAAUACCACCCGAUCAGCAAACACAAUUUCAGCAACAGAUGCCGUAUCAAUUCAUGAAGGGCGCCGACUUCGAUGGAUACAAUAUCAAGGAGAUUGCCAGUGUUUUUCCUCAAGUCAUUCCAAUUUCAGAUUGCAUAUUCAUGACGUCAGAGACUGGAAGAUUCACUUAUCAAUCGAUGAACGACGAAGCAACGGUUUGCGGUGUCUACUUCGUCACAGACCCUGACAAAAUUCUGGAAUUGAAUUUUCUGUCCUUCGACGUACCCUGUGAAAAAGACGCCCUUGUUUCGGUCGUCGAUGGUUGGGAAUUGAACGGCGAACUUUUCCCGUCACCGACGGAUCAUCCGAUCCCGUUGAACGAGCGGUUCGACGAGUUUUGCGGUGAUUACGCAUCGAAAACUUACGUCAGUACCCAGAAUGCCGCCCUGAUACAGUACAGAAUACCCAUGAAGGGCAAGGGUUUCUCGGUUUUUGUGAGAAGCCACAGAAAUCCAAUUCCCUGCAAUGUCCUAGCUAACAGUGAAACUGAUGCAUUCACUCUCCGGAAUUACGGACAGCAACUUAAUUGCACCCUGACGGCCAUUUAUCCGUCGGUGGUGAGGGUCAUAGCCCUUGAUGUUGGUGGCCGGAGAACGAGACCACCAAUCAGACAAAUGGAGACUGGCACUUUUCACAAAUGUAAUAGACGCGGUUUACCAGAUCAUGUUGAAAUUGGAGGCAACACGGGACUGGACACAUCGAGAAUGGAAGUCAUUGAUUCUAUAUGCGGCGUUGAUUCAGAACCCGAUGCAAGUUCUAGGAUAAUUGGGUGUGAAGUGACAUCGGUGAGACUUGUGUCCAGCGGUUUAUUUGACAAUUCAGUUACUUUGAUGAUGAAACCAGCUGUGGACAAUGAAAUUCUCGCUGCAAAUAUCAUUUGUGGACUGUAAUUGAUGUACCUGUUUAUUGGACUGGAUUGGCCAAAUUCUCAGAGCGAAAAAACGUUGUACCUUUGUAGGAAAUACUAGAUUAUAUCGUUUUUCAUGCGACUUCACCUGAUUUUUUUGACUGCAGGUUUUGUGGGUAAUACAUGAAUGAAAUAACUCUCAGUACAAAAUCUCAUGUAUUAAGUUUCAUUAAAGAAGUGAAAAAUAGUAUUUAAAAUUGCAAAAAUGUCACAUAAAA